AUGACAAAGCCGAGGAAGGACGUCAAGUUCCAACACCGCGGCAGCGGCAGCAGCGGCAAGGGCAGGAGAAUGUCCAUGUCUGAGCUCAGCGAGCCGCACUCCGAGCCCGGCAGCCCUACGAGGAAUGGCGCUGUCGCGAAGCCAGAGGAACCGCCCAAGUCGGACUACGAGAAGAAGAAGGAAACCUUCAUUACCCGUACUAUCUGGACGCUGGUCAUGAUCGCCGCCUUUUUCUGGGCCAUGUUCGCCGGACACAUCUACAUCAUCAUAAUCGUAACUGCGGUCCAGAUAAUUUCCUUCAAGGAGGUCAUCGCCAUUUCCAACGUACCUAGCCGCGCCCGGAGCUUGAGGUUUACGAAGAGCUUGAACUGGUAUUUCUUGGGUACGACAAUGUACUUCCUGUACGGAGAGAGCGUCAUUUACUACUUCAAGCACAUUAUCCUCGUCGACAAGAUCCUCCUCCCGUUUGCUACCCACCACCGCUUUAUCAGCUUUAUGCUCUACGUCACUGGCUUCGUGUUCUUUGUCGGAUCGCUCCAGAAGGGACACUACAAGUUCCAGUUUACUCAGUUCGCCUGGACUCACAUGGCGUUGUAUCUCAUUGUUGUUCAAGCGCACUUCAUCAUGAACAACAUCUUCGAGGGCAUGAUCUGGUUCUUCCUGCCAGUUUCCCUGGUCAUCACGAACGACAUCUUUGCCUACAUCUGCGGUAUCACCUUCGGCCGAACCCAGCUCAUCAAGAUCUCGCCCAAGAAGACGGUUGAAGGCUUCCUGGGCGCAUGGGUUUUCACCAUCCUGUUUGGCGUGCUCCUGACGAACAUCCUGAUGCGCUACAAGUACUUUAUCUGCCCCGUCAAUGACCUCGGAGCAAACAUCUUCACCGGUCUGGAGUGUGAAGUUAACCCUGUUUUUAUCCCCCGCACCUACCGCCUCCCUUUUAUACCUCCCAACUGGACCCAUCUCCCUACCAAGGUCACCGUCGCGCCUAUGCAGUUCCACAUUCUCGUUUUCGCGACCUUCGCUUCCCUUAUCGCUCCAUUCGGCGGCUUCUUCGCGUCGGGCCUGAAGCGCACGUUCAAGAUCAAGGACUUUGGCGAUUCGAUUCCUGGACACGGUGGCAUGACGGAUCGCAUGGACUGCCAGUUCAUCAUGGGUUUCUUCGCCUUCAUGUACUACUCGAGCUUCAUCGCCGUGUACAAGGCGAGCGUCGGCGGUGUCAUCGAGCAGGCCAUUACGGGGCUCACUCCGGAGCAACAGAUGGAAGUGGUGAAGGGCCUGAGCAAGCAUCUUGUGAACCAGGGUGUUAUUCCCUCUGCCGUUCUCGAGUAUCUUUCGGAUGAGCUCAAGCGGAGAUGA